AUGGCUGCAGCCCAGAGGAAGCAGAGCUGGGGCAGCGGCCAGGACGCCACCGGAGGCAGCGAGACGUCCUACUCCGCGUGGACACCCACAGCCGCUUGCCGAGACGGCUUAGGGUUCAACGCCUGCCGGAACGAGGGCGGUGCCGCCCGCCGCGCCCUGUCAGCUCCUCCCCGCUGCCAGCCUUCCCAGGCAGCCUGCGAGGCCCUGGGGGCGCCCCGCCUUCCGCCCCGCCCGGCCCAGCCUGGCCCUGCGGAGGCGUCAGAGUGCGCGCGCGCGCGGCGCCGGCCCGGUUCCCCUUCCGAAUGUCCGCGCCCCGCAUGCGCAGUCGGCGCCGGCGGUCUCCGUUUGUUUGAACAGGAAGGCGGACAUAUUAGUCCCUCACGGCCCCCCUCGCCCCACCCCCCAAGCACUCGCCGCGCGACUCGCCCUUUCGCCAGCCCGGGCCACAGCUCCUCCCAGAAGCUCCCCCAGCCGCAGCCGCCGGGACCGGACUCUCGUCUCCCUCAUCGCCCCCUCUCCAGCCCGUCCUCUCCCAAGUCUCCAUCGGGCACCGACCUCGCCCUGCCCCGCCGGACACCGCAGCAGCAGCCCCGCUCUUGGCCGAGGCGGAUCGGUGCGUCGGGCCGGGCCAAGUGGAUCCGGGGAUGCAGGGCUAGACCGUCUCCAGCGCCUCAGAGAGGAGCGGGCCCGGCUCGGGGCCCGAGCGGCGGCGGUGGCGGCGGCAGCGGCAGCGGCAGCUGGCACAGCUCCGCGCCCGCCCUUCACUUUCGCCUUUCCUCUUCUCCCUCCCCUGCUGCCCAGAGGAGUCUCCACCCUGCUUUUCUUUCUCUCCCCCCUCCUGCCCAUCUCGGGACCGGGAGCCCUCCAUGGCGAAGGCGGCCGGGGCCCGCUAGACUGAAGCACUUCGCCGGAGCGACGAGGCUGGUGGCGACGGCGCUGUCGGCUGUCGUGAGGGGCUGCCGGGUGGGAUGCGACUUUGGGCGUCCGAGCGGCUGUGGGUCGCCGUCGCCCCCGGCCCGGGGUCUGGAGAGCGGAGAUCCCCUCAGUGAGGGGGAGGAGGGGGAACCGGGCGCACCUGGUGACCCUGGGGUUCCGGCUCCUCCGCCCCGCGGCCGCGAACCCACCGCCGGAGGAAGUUGGUUGAAAUUGCUUUCCGCUACUGGUGCUGGUACGAGGGUAUUGUCACAGUAG